GUAUUUUGUUAGUUAUAACUAUAAUUUUCUAUAAGUAUAAGAUAAAUUAAUUGGUUAACAUAAAAUUCAAAAUGAAUUGAAAUUACAUAAUUAAAAUGAGGAAAAAUUUGCAGGAUAAAAAUUAUUAGGUAUAAACUUAAUGCUGUUUUUUAUGAUAUGAAUUAUAUUAUGCGGUUAUUAUCAUUAAAAAAAAUGAAAUUUAUCAUAUUACAAUUAGUCGGAACAUUUUUAGUUUUGAGGACAGUUGCAGAUGAAAAAGAAAUAUCGAUAGUUGAUAUAAAAGAGGAAGAAAUUAAGUUUAUGAAAUUUUUAGAUAGUAUAGGAAUUAACGAUAGUGAAUUGACAAUCGCAUUAGGGAAUAAUUAUAAUACUUUAAUCGAAAAUGAGCUCCUUACACUUGGAUCACAACUUUUGAAAGGAGAUAAAAAAAUGGAUGAUGUAGCUACUGAAAUGACAAAAUUUAUUCUAAAUAAUUUGUCUAAAUUGUAUAAAGUAGGCGAGCGUUUUAAUAACGAUGUAAAAAAACAUUCAACGAUAUUUUUUACAAAUGUUAGUUCAAAAUUUAAAUCAAAAUCAGAAUCAAAAAUUUUGAGGACAGUUGCAGAUAAAGAAGAAAUAUCGAAAGAAGGUAUACAAGAGGAUAAAACUACGUUUAUGAAUUCUUUAAUCAAUGAUAUAGGAAUUACCGAUAAUGAAUUGAGAUCUGUAUUAGGCAAUAAUUAUAAUACUUUAAUCGAAAAUGAGCUCCUCACACUUGGAUCACAACUUUUGAAAGGAGAUAAAAAAAUGGAUGAUGUAGUUACUGAAAUGACAAAUUUUAUUCUCAAAGAUUUGGCUGUAUUGUAUGUCUGGUAUAAUGUAGACCAGCCUCUUUAUAAGAAUGUAAAAGAAUGUUCAACGACAUUUUUUACAAGUAUUAGAACGAAAUUUAAAUCAAAACCAAAAUGGAAGAUACUAAAUUGCUUUUUACCUAUUUGCGCAAAAAAACAGAGUGUUGAAGAAGUCCAAGAUAAUUGGCCGUCAUUUAUUAUUCAUAGACCAUAACGAAGAAGUAUAUACUAAGAAGAAAUGAUAAAAAGGUGAUAACAUUUUUUCACUGGACUAUUAUAAUAUUAUUACAGUCGAUAAAAUAUAAUUUCUAUAAUUCUAUUGAAAAUACAAUUUAAUUAUAAAAUGAACAACCCGAACAUAUCGACUAUUUAUUGGUUAAUUAGCGUAAUCUUAAUUUUUAUCAGCAAAUUUUGUUUCUUUAAAACAUGAAUGUAAUUUAUAGUUUCUUUAAAUCAAUCAAAUCUGAAUAUUUUUGAUAAAAUUUCGCUUACGUAAAUUACCAAGCAUAUAGUUGAUAUAAUUAAUUUAUGUACAAGAAUAUUAUAUUAUGUUA